AUGGCCAACAUAGCCAAUAGCCUUUUGUUUGGCAGUGCAAUCAUACUCAUACCAAUAACUGGAGUUUUCAUUAGUAAAACUGGGUUCCACUUGUAUUGGUUAUUAACAGGUCUUGUUACAACUGCUUUACCACCAUUGCUCAUUUUCAUGUUCAGUAAUGGAGAGAGCUACAUUCCAUUCAUAGCAGCAGUAUUCUAUUCUCUUUCAUAUACUCUUUGUGGACCAUCAUUCGUAGCUGUGACUCCUGUUAUAAUAGACAAGGGAUACUUAGCAACAGCAUACGGACUUCAGAAGAGUUCGUUUAAUGCUACCUACGCAUUAGUAACAUACAUUACUGGUCUGAUAAUUGAUACUCUUGGUUACUUUGUCUUGCAAGGUUUCUUCAUUCAUAUUGUUAUUCUGUGCAUUGAUUUUACAUUGAUCAUGGUGUUUCUUGAUGCUGCCUCUGAUAAUCCAAAACUUAAUGUACCAGCAUUGUGGCUAUGUCACAUCAAAGACAGAAAAUAA